AUGAAGCGGCCUGCGAAGAGGCAGCCGACCCAGCUGCAGAGGGCAAUCGCAGCGGGCGUCGUGAAGAAGGCCAGGCUUGGCUUCGCGGACCAACGGCAGGCCGACCCGCCUGUGGCACCUGAGCCUCUGUUGUCUGACCGUGCUCCGGACGGCAUCACCUUCGGCGACUACAUCGUCUGUGGCUCUCAGGCCGGGGUUGGACAGGGCGGCUACGGCGGCAUCAUGAAAGUAAGGCACCGGGUUUCGCAUCGCAUCUAUGCGGCCAAGGUCAGCAACACGAAUUUCCACCUGUCUGAGGAAGUCGCCUUGCUGAAGCAGCUGGCUCACGAGACCUUUCUGCCGUUGCUCGCAGAGUCGGUGGUGACUGAGGAUGAGUUCGUUCCCGGCCAGAUCUCCUUCAUGAUCAUGCCUUACGUGGCCACGGGCUCCGUCCUGCAUUACUUGCACAACGUUGGAGCUUUUGAUGCUCAGAAGCAGUUGGCCCUCACCCAUCAAGUGCUCGCCGGCUUGGCACACCUGCACAGGAGGACUGGGCAUAUACACGGUGAUGUGAAGCCGCAGAACAUUCUUUAUGAUCCAUUGACAAACUCCUGUUUCAUCAUCGACUUCGGGAUGACAUACCGGCUUCCACUGGCAGAGGAUUUCGUGGAGGACGGGGCAGGGGUGUACACCUAUGCCUACCGAGCGCCUGAGGUUGCCAAGGGCCUGUCUGAGAAGAUCCUCAAGCAACUUUUGACUGUGAAGGCCGAUGCGUGGGCAUUGGCCAUGACGGUUCACCAGGUUGCCGAGGAAGUCCGUCUGAUGUGGCUUGCGAUGGCUGAGCCGGUGCUCCAAAAACGCCGGUCUUGCCAGCAGCUUGCAGAGGAGCAUGGCCUGCGGUGA